AUGAACGAAAAAUCAAAGAAAAAGAAAAAAGUCGUGUCCUCUUCAGAAUCAGAAGAAAAUCCCCAAUUAAACGAUUCUGAAGAAGAUUUAGAAAAUGAAUGUAAAAAUUUACAUAAAACUGGCGGUGAAACUUUUAUUCCACAGAGUGAUGAGCUAAAUAAGAAAGUCUGUACAGUUUUAAAACCACAAUACCAACUUUUGUAUAAUAAUUUUGACUCAUCAGCUGAGUAUUUUCAAGCCUUUACUUCUAGUAAUAAGGAAAAUAUUCCACAGAUUAUGGAAUUAGUAGAAAUAACAGGUGGAGCAAGUCAUGGGAUCGAAAUAGUUCAGUCUUAA